CAACUCGUCUACCAUGCCUAAAACACGUACCAGUAGCAAAAAAGUCAAACUUGAAGAAGCCUCUUUGGAAUCUGUUGUAAAGUAUAUUCAAGAUCAUCAAGUCAAGCAUGUUAUUGUCAUGACAGGUGCUGGUAUCUCUACUGCAGCCGGUAUUCCUGAUUUCCGCAGUAAAGGCACAGGUCUUUAUUCCAACCUUCAGAGAUUCAAUCUGCCUUAUGCAGAAGCUGUGUUUGAUAUUGAUUAUUUCGAGGAAAAUCCUCAGCCAUUUUAUACACUUGCUAAAGAAUUAUAUCCUGGCCGAUUUUUGCCUACGAAAACGCAUUAUUUUGUACGCCUCUUGCAAGAAAAAGGCAUACUCUUACGCAAUUUUACACAAAAUAUCGAUACAUUGGAACGUUUAGCAGGAUUAGAUGAAGCAUUGCUUGUAGAAGCCCAUGGUAGUUUUGCCACUGCUUCUUGUGUGACAUGUAAAAAAAAGGCAGACUCAGACAAGGUCAAAAAGAAGGCAUUGGCUGCUCAAGUACCUCAUUGUGAAGAAUGUGAUGGGUUGAUUAAGCCAGAUAUCGUCUUUUUCGGUGAAGGAUUACCCAAGCGAUUUUUUGAUCUGUUGGAUGAUUUUGAGAAAGCUGAUUUGUUGAUUGUGAUUGGCACAAGUCUACAAGUACAACCUUUUGCUUCUUUGAUUGAUAAUGUGCCAGACCAUAUACCUCGUCUGUUGAUUAACCGAGAAGAAGCAGGUGUCCAUCAUACAAAGUCAAUGGGAUUUGACUUUAAAUGGAAAUAUGGGUCAAAGCGCGAUGUUGCUCAUCUAGGCGAUUGUGACGAGAGCAUUGAAAAAUUAUGUGAAUUGCUUGGGUGGAGAAAGGAUUUAGAUCAAUUAUAUCAUAAGGGGCAUGAGAAAUUAAAGGCUAUUUGGAAACAAGAAGAAGAAAAUGAAGAAGAAGAAGAAGUGGUUGAACAGAGACAAGAUAAGGAUGUAGAUCAACUUGCUGAAGUCUUGGAGAACUUGACUACUGAAGAAAAUAAAAAUAAAAUAAAAUAAAAUAAUGUCCGCAAACAGAA